GAGAGAGAGAGAGAGAGAGAACGGGCGAGGGAGAGGUACAGAGAGAUUACCACGGCGAUGGAGGGACCGUCUAAUGCGUUUCCGAUGAACGGCGGAGAAGGGCCUCACAGCUACACCAGAAACUCCUCAGCCCAGAGAAUAUUUAUAGACAGGGCCCGCAAACUCAUCCAGGAGGCAGUAGCCGAGCAUCUUGACAUCGAAGCAUUCUCUUCCUCUGGAGCUUUUCUCGUCGCUGAUCUCGGUUGCUCGGUCGGGCCCAACACGUUCUAUGCUGUGAGCAACGUUCUUCAAGCAGUAGAGCAGAAGUGCCAAUCCCUAGGGACUCGACUCUCAAAUCCUGGAAUUCCAAGUAUUCUUCAAUGAUCACGCAGGGAAUGAUUUCAACACCCUCUUCAGAUUACUCCC